ACACAAAAUCCUUAAACACAAAAUAACCUCUCAAACAAGCACACCCCAAGAUCCCUGCCCCCACCCUUUUUGCUUCAGUUCAACCACCAGAAUCACCCACAUCUCCAUCAUCGGCGACCACCGUAGGCGGCGGUGGCGUGGUGGAGUUUGUCGGGUCGUUGUUCGAGCGAGAGAGAGAGAAACGGCGAGAUGAGAGAGACAGAAACGGCGGCGCCGGCAGCCGUACCGGUCGCCGGCAACGACAAUCGUGCCGACAUUGGCGACGGUAAAGGUGGGUUCUUCUUCUCGGGUCAGUUUAUGCCCAGUUUGUGCUCGGUUCAGUCAUUUGGCUCGAGUUAUAUCCCGCUCGGUUCAGGGAUAUGUCCACUCGAAGCUCGCUUGGUUAUGGUUAUUUCAAUUGCACCAAUGCUCAAGAUGAUGGUUUUUAGUUGGGACAAAACUACAAGUGAUCAUAACCAAAAUGGGCUUGAGGAUUCAAGAAAGAGGUGCAAUGAUCAAGGGUAUACCCUUCGUUCAUCUCGCCAACGACCUUUUUUGUAUCAAUACGGGCCGAAAUCAUGCUUCCAUAAGAACAAAGCCGACUUUGGGAUUAAGAUUCCAAUGGCGGUGUUUGUACUAAAACUAUGCAACCAUGACUUUAUGCACUAGUGACACAAAUGGGUUCAACCAUGAGCCGGCCAUGUUCAACGAUCAUGUGGCAAUUUAUACGGUUCCGGUUGCAAGUAUAAAUUGAAGACGUUGGUUUGAGUUGCAAGUACGUAGACAUUGGUUCGGGAAGUUAUUGUAUAUCACAUUCAUCUUUAUAGAUAUAUGUAUUUGUGUUACUUUGAAAACUUUGUAAUUUACAUUGUUGGAUUAUGUUACAUGGGUUUAAUUUAA